AGUGCUCUUAUGAGCUCAUCAAUAGGAACACGUAGAGCUAGAACGAGACGGAGAUUGUAUUUUCCACAUCGUGUGCAUCAGAAAAAGUUCGCUGCUAGUUUUUAGGUCGUUAGUUUUUGUAUUUUUCUAGUUUUAACUUGUCAGUAGGAUUUAUCUUAAAACGGAACCAGAUGCAGAGCACAGAUAAUAUGUCGGAUAGUGAGGACUUGUUCGAUUCUUGUUUCUGGGAUAACAAUGAUAUGCAUGAAAGAGAGGGAGGAGUCCCGUCCUACGAAGAGUUACUUCAAUUCUGGAAGAGGAGUGGCAGUAGAUGUAACAGUUCUGAACAUUGUAACGGACCCACUGACUGCGCCCAACAGUGCUGCGAAGAAGGACCUCCGACAAUAGAACAACAUAAGCCAACUAAAAUACCUGUCCGACCUAAUGGUCCAGCCCCCAUCGCCAUCUUCCCUCAGAAGUGUGACAUUAACCCUUCCCUACCCUGGUCCGAAUCUUAUCUUAAACUCAUGGAGAAGAUAGGAGACAUCACACAGUUGCUGUGGGGCUCAGGGUUAGAAUACAGAGUUUACUCCAAAGUGGAGAAGAUACUCUACAACACAGUCGAGGAGCUGUAUCCAGAGGUCGUCGACUACAGACAAGAGUUCAUCAAGGACGUUUGUAUAAUUCCAGAAACCCUAAGCCCAUAUCCUCGAACAAAGCCAAAAUCCUCAAAAUCAAAGAAGAAGGAGAGUAAAGUUCGAGAGAAGAAAUCAGUAAAAUCGAUGUUACCAAACAGACUGGGGAGACCUCCCAAGCGGCCACAACAUCAUGACGGUAUUUACCAAUGUGAAUACUGCACCAGAACCUUCCCCACACCACAAGGAAUACAAUCCCACAUCACCCUAUCCCACGCCAACAUGCAGACAGAGGAGGAAUUUGACCGCUCUACAGGAAUGCACAAGUGUCAGUUUUGUAGACGUCUCUUCCCCCAGGAACACGGUUUGAAGACCCACAUCUCCUGUACCCAUCUACAGAAAGUAUACAAGUGCCCUGAAUGUGGCAAAGGAUUUCCUAAGAAAUAUGCCAUGAUCAGACACAGGUCCACUCAUGUUAACAAGGAUUUCAUGCCUCAGAAGUGUCCUUACUGCGAUGCUAUGGUCUCAGUCAGAUACUUCAAAUCCCACAUAUUUACCCGCCAUCUGUACAAGACCUACAAGUGCGAGGAUUGCCACCAGACCUUCAACGACCAAGCACAGUUCCACAAACACCUCUGGACUCAUCCCAUGAAGAAGUACCGGUGUGAGCAGUGUCCUAUGAGCUUCAACGCCAGCUACAAACUUGAAAAUCACCAGAAAUCUCACGAGGCUGACGAUAAGACAGCUAAGAGGUUAAAACCAGAGUUAGUGCACCACGAAGAAGAGGUGGAAGAGGAGGAAGUGAUAGAAACGUCAGCGGAGGAGUACGACGAGGAGAUCACAUUCCAAGACGGUAGUCUCAUCAUCUCAUGAAGGAGAAUCUGACUCAGCAAAGUUAAUAAGCUGUUUUAAGAUAUUGGGACAACCUGGACGUGGUAUGUCGACCCAGUGAACUGAGACGCAGAUUCAGAUGGGAUUAAAGUAAAGCUUGCCAGUGCAUAUCUAAGCCAAGGUGGUACGAUACAUUUUGUGAAACUGGGGAAUGGAUAUGCUGAACAAUUUCGAUAAGACUACAAAAUUGGAAUAGCUUAUAAAGUUAUAAGGUUUCUCUUCACUCGCAUUCGACGAAAACCUAUUGGGUUGUUCAUUUCAAUUUAUAUAAUGGAACAACGAACUUUUUAGAGUUCAUUGUUGCACUUUGCCCCUGUUUAUUAUGACUUCUCAUUCCAAGUUAUUAAACGGAUCAGUUUCAUGAUCUUUAUUUGGAUCUAUAUAUGGAAUUUCCGGUAUCCUCCCCGUGCAGAAGUAGUUAUAGGAAUUCAGAACGAAUACUGUGAAAAUUUUUGUUUGUGUAGAAAUUGUUUUUAUGUUUAUAAAUGUUCAUUAUAUUAUAGCCAUGAAACAGUUUUGCACCUGGUCAAUUGUACAUUCACUGACAGUUGUAAGUUUGAAGGAGCUUUCACUGUAAUAUGUAAGUUUUAGCUUAAUAAUAAUAUUUCAAGUGUGAACGUUUUAUUAUCACGCUUGAAUCGUGGUAUGUAGUUUACGUUAGAAUUGCUUAAUUCUAAGAAAUUCUAGAAUGCUAUUCUAGAAUUUCUUGAUUGUGAGGGUUUCCAAAUGUUUUGAAGAGAGUGAUAGUUAAUGUCGACGACAGUUUAACUUUGGUUUUAAAUCAUCAAAUGUACUUUACUGAGGAGCGGAGAUCGAAGCUGUGUUGCACUCAACAUCUAGAACUUUCUAUACGGGUUUUAUUCUAGGGGCAUUCAUUUGUAGAUUUAUUGCAUAUAGCACACAUUAUGUUACUGUAAAUAACUUGAAAAAUUAAAAGCAAAAUAUG